UUAAUUUGUAAUACCAAUAUCCGAUGCAAUAACAGAACCAAUACAGCUAUAAUCCUUUGACAUUAGAAGAUAAAAUGUUAUUUGUUAAUAUUUUUUUGUAAAUAUUUGUUAAAUGGGCAAUUGUAGAAUGUGAUCAAAAUGGGCGGCUGCAUCGGAAUAACUAGGAGCAGAAGCGGGCCCGUGGGCGAGGAGUCUUCGGGGACUGUGUCUCGGCCUAAUUCCGGUGGUUUAAGGAAGAACCAGUCGCUGUGCCAUGAGACGAUCAGGUGGAAAUCGGACGUGCCGCUCACGGAGGGCCAGUUGCGGAGUAAGCGGGACGAGUUUUGGGACACGGCGCCCGCGUUCGAGGGUCGGAAGGAAAUCUGGGAUGCGCUGCGAGCUGCGGCCGUGGCGGCUGAGGCGAUGGACUUCCAGCUGGCGCAGGCGAUCCUGGACGGCGCUAGUGUGUCCGUGCCUAAUGGGUAUCUCACAGAGUGCUAUGAUGAGUGGGGUACUAGAUAUCAGGUCCCUAUCUACUGCCUGUCGCCCCCCAUAAACAUGGUGAAGGAGGCGAGUGGACGUGACUCACCCGCAGAAUGGUCGGAGCCAGUGGAGGGCGGCGCGGAGGUGGCUCUGCGCUUGCGUCUCUCUCACACAUGUCGCGACGUGACGCUCGCAGCCACCGCCAGGCACAGCAUAGCGCAAUGCAAGAACAAACUACACGCUCAAGAGGACAUAGAGCCGUGGCGCCAGCGCUGGUUCUACGGCGGGAAGCUACUCGGAGACCGACUCCUCAUCGAGGAAGCCAAGAUCACGCCCGGCUACGUCGUCCAGGUCAUCGUCAGCACCGAGCCGCAACCGCCGAGCUAGGUCUAGACAGAUGCCCUAGGUCUCCUGGGUCAAGUUCUCAAGUUAAGGUAGGGCUCGAACAGUUCCGGUAAAUGUAGGGAGACUGAAAUGAUAUUUAUCCAUUUCAAAAUCACCCAAGUAUAACAGAAACACACUAAACCAGGGGUCACCAAAUGGCGGACCCCGGUCCGGAUGCGGACCGCCGACCUACAUAAUUUUAAUACAUAUUUAAUAAACUCAAGUAGAAACGGACCGCGAUGGUCACGUUAUUUUAAAAAAUCGGACCCCUGAAAAAACUAAUUGGUGACCCCUGCACUAAACUAUAGAUGACCUCAGGCGUUUGCUAAAAUUUUAUUUGAUGAUUUGUUUAGUAGAAAUAGCUGAAUUUUGAGCAAAUUCUUAGUACAAAUUACAGCUUCAUGCAGCCAACCCUUCCACCUAUCCGUAGCGGGCCGCAAUAACUCCUUUACCAACGGUAGUAUACAUCGAUACCCUAGUUAACGAUUGUACUAAUUAAAUAAAUAAAUAAAAAUCAUUUAUUUCAGAAAACAGGUUCCAUAAUAUGGUUAGUAACUCUUAAUUUAAGAACUAUGUAAUUACGCGGAAAAAUUGGUUGUAAUAACUUUAUGUUUGUGCACUAUGGUACUAAUUACAACAUUUUUCUCCCCACGAUUGUGAACUAGGGUAUCGAUAUAUAGACCUUAUGUUGCGAAUGGUCGGUUUGGAGUGUUGAAAUUGGUAAAUGUUAUCGAAGUUAUUGUAUAGUUUACGAAAAUAUCUAGCAUGAUUUUAAGCAACUAAGAAAACUUAAUAUGCUUAAUAUUUUCAUAAUACGUACCGCCAUCUACAGAAUAAGAUGCUAAAAUAAAAUAUCUCAAAUCUUAUGUGAUAUGUAUAAGAUUAUCAAAAGAGCUUACAUAAUCGAACUGCCAACAAUACAAAUCCUAGAGUUCAUUGUUGAUGGCUUUUCGAAAGUACAAUGCAACUUGAUGAGGGUAAGCCUCAGGGGGUUGUUACAAUUUGGUGCCCGUGCCCAGGAUUUAUAACUUUGAUGUUGAUAUUACAAGCUAAUUUAGGUAGAUAUGCGUUUAAAAUCAUUGCAAAUUAAUGCGUAUUUAUUAACCAAUAAUUAUGAAGAAGUUUUGAAUUCGAUUUGAAAACAGACACUGAUAUUACAAAUGCGGAAGUCCUGUCUUUUACUACCUUUUUCACGGUUAUUGGUAUGUAUCGUUUACCGGAUUAUCAUGAAAUUUAGCAUUUAAAAAAGAAAGCAUAACUCAUAGGGAUGGACAUAGAUGCUUUAGAAAACUAGUGGUUUUUAAAUGUAUGCGCCAACCGUGUAAUUUUUUUUUUUUUUCAAAUAUGUUCAAUAGUUGACUGUGACUUCACUGUUUGCAAGCCCUGCGUUAACUUUCAAUUCUAGGGCGCUAUUGAAACUGUUUCACUGUCCUAUUUUGAGCCAUUUUACUAAUGUUACCAUUUUUUUUUCUGAUCAAUUUUUUCAUCAUCACGAAGAUGUCUUAAAUUUGGCCGUGUGUAAAACCGAAGUGCAAUACACUUCAAAUUAUUGCACAAAAUAUUUUAUCGAUAGAUGUACUGAUUCGUACAGGUAUGAUUUCUGCCUAUUUUCUGAGCUAAUAAAUUAGGCUAGACUAAAAAGCUUAUAUAAAUAAGUGUUCCGUGAACAAAGUUUUGUACGGAACACUAAAAAUCACGGUAUUCACGGUACUGUAUAUAUCACAACACUUUGCCGAUACAAUUUGUCAUAAUCCUUGUAAAUAAAUAGUAUGUUGACAGUAUAUAUGUGUAAUUUAUCAUGGCAAUUGUUUAGGCAAAUAUUGUGAUUAUUAGACUUAUGAAAAAUUUAUUUUGGAGCUCAAAAUAUAUUAAUUUAUGGGUCUAACCAUGUGACAAUCAAUUAUAGAAAACGCUAAUCGAAACUUAAAUGCGUGGAAAUGAUCACGUGACUCUUCGUUCUGUCAUAUUGAUACAUAUUGCUUCAUUGGCGUUUGUCGACGAACGAUUGUCUGUAGCCCUUGGCUACGGUCCCAGAUGGUUAUUUUUCACCUUAUUUCAAAGUGUUAUGAGCUAUUGUCGAUUGACAAACUUUGGAUUGGUAUGAGGUAAAUUUUCUUAGCAAUACAGUUGGGAUACUAGACUAUUGUGAUAACCAACAAUUUUAAGUACUAUUUUGAAGGCUUGUACAAAGUCGUAAGACUAUUAUGCUUACAGGGUAUUUCGUUAUUAUCGUUAUGUAUAACCAUUCUCUGAGAGGUAUAUAUGUAGGUACUUAUGUACUUUUACUAAGCGACCAACUCCGAAACCGUGAUAAAAAACUGCAAUGCCGUAGAAAAUCGACGAAACAGCUGAUCUUUUCAUGUUUUCUGGAUUAGCCCCAUAGCAAAAGUUGUUAGUAUUACCUAUUUACAUUCUUACCACACGAAGUAUGGUUAGAUAUUUAAAAAAUCAACCUGUAUAAUGAUUAGCAUUUGAAAGCAUUCUACAUUUGACUGAUUUGGUUUUUUCAUCAAAAUAGCUAGUAUUUCAUAAUUCUGUAAAUACCUUUGACGAAAAGGAAUUACGUAUGUAUGUAAAUACAAAAUGUGGCUGUCCAAGGCAAAAGGUCCCCUUGGUUUAUUUUGCAUUGGAACGUUACAAAAACGUUGAUAAUAAUGUAUGUAUGUCUUUCGUUGUGGAUGAAUGUCACCAGAGGCCUGAAUGUUGGUUGGUAUAGAACAUUAUUAAUUUGAAUUGUGCUUAGAGUUUAGUACGAUUAUUUAUUAGGGUGGUAUUCCAUCUGUCCAGUGUGCAUUGCGUCUCACUGUCUCAUUAAGCAAAAUGUGAGACGUAAAUACACAUUGGACCAAUAUAUUGGAUAGAUGGAAUACGAGGGUGGUUUGAGAAGUAACUUGGUUCCAUAGAAAUUUAGAAUAUGGUUUUAGCUGGAAAAAGAAUAAAAGUACGCGAAUUAGAUGAAGCCUGCAUCUCAACUGAGUGAGUUCGACUUUUUUCAUAAUUAAUAAAGUACACAACAUUCCCCUACACAUUUGUUUUCAGGUCGAACCAAGUUACUUAUCAAAACGCCCUAGUACCACCCUUAGGUCCUUAAAAAUAAAGAUUAAAUUCGAUGUUGCGUUUCGUUUGAUUUUUUUCCAAAUUAUUACGAUAACAAAAACUUGAGAAAAUGAGUGGUUAUUGUGAGAGAUUUCGACGCAAAUAGAAUUUAAUAAGGUUUAUUUAAAAAAAAGAUUUUAUUUUUCAAAUGAGCUACAUUAAACGUAAUUUACAUAACAGCAAAUUUAUAGUAUAUUUUACACAAUUUAUAACCUUAAAACGCAAAAUCUGGCAAAAUAGUACUGAGAUGACAUGUGUCACCGUACCUAUGCUGUAAAUAUACUACAACUUCAAUCUUGAAUAUACAUAAUAUUAGGACUCUGUUGAGUAACUUGAGUACCAUUGUCUGUUUUUUCGCUGUCGCAUAUUAGUAACGCUAAAGCCCCAAUAUUGUAAAACAAUGUUUUUAUAUCUCAAAUGUUAAAAUGAUAAUUCCAUUGCACGAUCUAUUACCCACCAAUCUGUCUGGUUUUAGCAUAGACAUGGCAUGGUGCGCCAUGAGGGACAGAACAUACGCAAAGCGAAGAAGUUAAAAACACGUUUUAACUUUCCUGACAAUUAACAUACCAAAAACAACCUACGGAAUUUAGUCGGGUUAUUGUUAUAUUUGUUACCCACCAGGAACCGGUGGACAACAACAAUAUGUCUACCGUUGACGUGGCACUUAGAAGUACCUAGGCACAAAUGAAAAGUGAGACUAUGACAAGGCAAGGACACACAAUACUAGAUUUGAGCAACACGGAAGAGAGUCUACAUUCGCACUAUUUCCCCUCUGCCGAGGUUCAAGAUCAACUGUAUAUGCACACAACUCAUACGUACACAAUAAAGAGAUCGAGGCGUGCAAGAUUUGUCUUUGAAGUGUGUCAUUUUCUUAGUAUUUGUGUCAUCAUUACUGAUUGGAUUUUGUAUGUAGCGAGUGAGAAGUGCGACUGUGUGCACGUUUCCCCCCGCAAAAAAUGGCAGAACGAUGUGUACGGUAAGAUAUCGCUUGGGCUCCUCCCUUCUGACGUGUCGGAAGCCGGUGCUACUCGAAGAAUAACAGCGAUUUCUCUGCUACUCCUAGCUCCUAGACUCCUAUUCAAAGCUCAAUAAGACUUUCACGUUCGGUCAUUUCCCCCCCCACAUGGGGUCUUAUCUUCUUCGUGGUCGUGACCUCAUGUCUGAGGGACGUGACUCCUAUGGGUAGUAGUAUUCUUCCUACCACUGCUCUCCAGGCCUCUCGAUCUUCGGCCAUCUGCAUCGUUGCCUGGAGCGAAGUCUGGGUAAUAUUUUGGACCACAUCUGACCAUCUACUGGGUCUUAUCUAGUGACCUAUUCAUGGGUUUUUAACAAUAUAAUGACAGUUCAGGUUCAGUUGGAUGAUCGGCAAUGUCAAUCUGAAUUUUAGUAUUUGAGAUGUAACAAAGUUUAAUUUUAUUGUGAAUUGUAUAUUAUAUGAACUGCCACUCUAUAAAUUGCAGCAAUUCUAAAUAUAAUAGACUUAAUAAAUUUUAAUACUGUGAAAUAAUCAUAUUGUAUAUGUAUCAAUAUUAAUUUAUUAACGUAGUGGUUGUAAAUAUGGAAAAUAAAUAUAUGAUAAAGGUCGUUGCAAUGUGACUAGAAAAUAAUAGAAGUGCGUUGGGGUAAGUUCAAAAUCGGGGUAAGUUCGAAAAUGACGAAUAUCUACUAAACUAGAAGCACUUUCUACUGUAGCAAGUGUAGCAACAGUAAGGAUUGUUAAAGUAUGUAGUGCAUUUUUAAUAUUAUCCAGCUUUUGAAGCUAUCCCCAAUGCAAGUUAUAGCUUUCGGAAAUUUCCUAAUUAUUUAAAUUUUAACUAUCACUUAUUUAGAAAACUUAUAUUUUUUAAUUAAAUUAUUUUAAUACCGUCAAUAAGCAACGAUCUCUAACUUGAGGCAGUCUUCACAUUGGAUCCGACCCGCACGCCGCUCUGGUGUGCAAGCGGGACGUCUAUAGCGCAGUCUCGCCUGCACACCGGAGUUGAGCGCUGCAUCAGUGUGAUAAGGCGCUUUUACUGGUAACUUAGGAAAAAUAGCGCCUAAAUGACCAAUAAAAAUAGGUCAUCUUAAUAGGUCCGUUUGUGUAGGUAUUGUUGUGAUUCGUACAAAAUUACAAAUAUUUGUAUAUUUAUUUAUAUUUCUAGUGUGCGUUAGCGGACUAUAAUAAAGUGUUAUCCUGUACAAAUGGACAUUUUAAAGCUUCAAAAUCACCCAAUGAUAUUAUUUUUUGUUUCUUUUUUAACUGGCCAGUGACAAUAGAAAUUCAACUAAGUAUUUAUUUAAAUUUCUUAAUUUUGUCACAAUAGAGUUUAUUUUUGAUUAAGUCAGGACAUAGAAAUUAUAAAAACAUGAUAUAACUAAAGGUUUGGAAAGGACUCUAUACGUAGUAGUAUAGGGUCGAAUUUAGAUAUUUUACUCUAUGCCCUCACAUAUAAAUAUUCAAUAUUAGUACAAAUCAUAUUUCAGUUUUUGACAUCUAAGAACGGAGUAUAGAUAACAUACCUAACUAACAAUAAAAAAUACUGGUACAAAAUAUGGUUUUAUAUGUUAGUUCACCGCAACCUUACCUAAAAUCUAUAGAUCGUCGAUUCUUUAUAUCGAUGACUUCUAGAUGUCAAGAUUGUCAAGUGAUCGAUGAUUGACCGACAAAUCGUUUGGUGGGACAACACCCUUAAUUUACUCAUUUCAUAUCAUCCAUGUUUCUAUAUUAUACCAAAACCUGGCCAUUAACAGUGAUAGUCGAUAUAGACGAGGCAUUUCAUUUUUCAAUUUAUGUUGCACUGCAUGCUCCGUAGCCAUAUUAUACACGUCCAAAUUUUAAUUAGAAUUAGUAUGAUAACUUUACCGAGCAUGACUCUCUUCUAAGGUGCUUUGGGGUAAUGCUAGAUUGGACACCAUUUUUUUUCUUUUAAAUAUUGGUGUCCAGAAUAACAUUUAUACACUGAUAUUUUAUUUUAAAAAUAUGGACCCCUGUUUCAUAUUUAAUUUAUGGUCACCAAUAGCGGUGAGCGUGAAAUUAUCUCAUAGUUGACGAUUUUAAGAACUACUGAGUACAAUAGUGCAAAAGAGAUGAUUUUCGGUAAACUUAACAUGCUAACGUUACAUAUUAAUUAUUAUAUUAUUAAACAAUAUUCUAAAUUUUAAGUUGACGGUCUAGGCUAUAUAAAAUUAUAGUAAGUGAAAUUUUAAUAUCUAGCUGUAAAAUGUUAGGUUAAAUUUGUAUUCAUACGACUAUAUGAUAACACAGAAAGGGAAGAGGCUUAAUACAGAAUAACAAUAUAUAAGAUUUUAUACUAAGAUUAUAAUUAUGUCACUAUUCAUUGACAUGUGAACAAAUACAUUGAGCAUUUUAUGAUACAAAUAUCGGAGUAAUAUUUUAUUUACUGUCUUGAAAAACCAUUGAAUAAACUUUGCAGUAAUACCCAUUCAAUUUUAUUGCUUUCGUGUAGGGUUUAGUGACUGAAAAAUUUAUUGGCCCCUUCUUAGUGAUUGGCCACUCUUUUUUCUACUGCCUUGUUUGUUUCUGCCUUACUUUGGAGUGGCCAAUUUCCUAUGGAAGGGCCAAUAACUAUAGCAUUCUUUUGGUUUUAAUUUUUCAAAAUCUGCAAAUGCUACUCAAUUAAAGUAUUGAUAUGGAUUCAGAAAUGCUGUUGACUAAAUUGUUAAUUUAAUCUAUAUUGGUAUUGGGUUAUGACUUUUCUGGAGUUACCCCAAUGCACCUUUUUUAUUUGUGACAGUGAAUAGUGGCAUUUAAUAUUGUUGAAUUCCGCCAUGUUUCGUUACCAGUAACUCAUUCACAUAUGUAUUUUUUUUUUGUCAAAGGCACAUAACAUAAUCAAUUUAAAGUUACUCGCCAAACUGCUUAUGCAGUUUGUAUGUAUAUACGUAUGCUAACGUUGACUUUACAUAUGUACUUUACUUUAUAUCCGUACAUUAAACUCAUAGUUUAGAUAUGCAGUAAUAAAUGUGGACAGAUUCGACAUAGCUUCAUGGUCUUAUUGUCAUAUCAUAGACAAAUAAAUACUAAGGCGCGUAAAAUAAUAUAGUAGCAGCAAGUUUAUAAGCUAAAGUAGAUGGCGCUGUACGCCCUUACAUUUUGUUAUGCGUUUGACAAUCAAUUAAUCACAAUAAGUAAGUACGUAUGGUGUUGAAUAAAACCAUCUAAUUAAUAUUUGCGGUUUUAAGAAUAUGUUAGGCUUCUUAGUAUUUAUAUGUCUAAGAUUAUACAGAAUAUUGCAUGGUGCUAAAUGGAUAUAGCCAAGCGUUCCGCCUCAAAUCCUUUAAUUAUAAUUAUACAUUUGAGUUUUAUAACCACUCCUUUUUAACAUGUGGUUUUUAAUACAUAAACCUUAUAUUUAUUUAAUACAUAAACCUUAUAUUUAUUUACAUUCGGUACUCAUUUGAAAUAAGACAUAAGAAAAUGCAAAGAUUCCACUGAUGUAAAUUUUGAACAUCAAUUUGAACUCUAUGUAAAGGACGCAAGAUUGCUAUUCGUCUACUCUUAUAUAAAUAGACUGUUUUGUAUCCAAGAUACUUAAAUGACAGUUCGACUGCUCUGAUUUGCCAGAUCCAUCUGACAUUUUUAGUAUUUUAGAUAUAAAAACUAAUUAAUAUGGUGUCCGCUUGGCUAUUCUACAAUUAAUACUUUUGUAACCCCAUUAAUUUUCUUCAUAUUCAACAGUUAUCUUACCUCCAAAUAUCAAUAAUACAUAGGUUUGGAUUAUGCCUGUAUUUAAUAUAGAUGUAGAUAGAUAGAUAACAAAUUCACUAUGAAGUAAUACUAAGGAUUGUAUAUGUUGAAUGUAUCUAGGCUUUCACACACCGCCGUUUGAGUUAAAAAAAAUAUUAUUUUCGCCCAAAAAGUAUUCUAAAUUACCUACCGGCAAAAAUUUCUUGAUUGAAGAGAUGUUAAGUCUAAGAAAAAAACGUGACCCCGAGUUUGGUAGCUGAAGAAAAUGGCAUAUCGCUCGUAAUCGGCUGUCAAAUUUGCUUUCCGACCAAAUGGGCGUCAAGUUCUUAAAUUAGUCCUAUUCUGCUUUCGUCACUCAUUCUACAUUAGUCACAACCGUCGGUGGCUUUCAAUGUAGAAUGAGUGACGAAAGCAGAAUAGGACUAAUUUAAGAACUUGACGAAAAACGAAUGGGACGACCCAAGACGAUACCGUCCGCACGGCGUGAUUUAAUCGGACAAUUUAAUCAGAUUGGGGAAAAAUUGUCCCCGUCUGGAAUGGGCUUUAUGUGGUAAAUGAAAAUAGACAUUUCAGAGGAGGGUAGAGAAGGAGAAAACUCAAAUAUCUAUAAAAAGUCUGACCGACGACCGGUCUGGCCUAGUGGGUAGUGAUAGUGACCCUGCCUAUGAAGCCGAUGGUCCCGGGUUCGAAUCCUGGUAAGGGCAUUUAUUUAUAUGAUGAUACAGAUAUUUGUCCCUGAGUCAUGUUUGUUUUCCAUGUAUUUAAUUAUUUAUAUAAUAUAUAUAUCGUUGUCUGAGUACCCACAACACAAGCCUUCUUGAGCUUACCGUGGGGCUUAGUCAAUUUGUGUAAAAAUGUCCUAUAAUAUUUAUUUAUAAGUUCCAAAUCUCUCCAGAGUAGCGCUAGAGUAGCUAAGAAUGUAGCCGUUAUUGACGGAGUGAAGUGCGCUGUCAAUGAUUUGAGAUCUUUUAUCAAAAUAUUCUAGGUAUUGUAGCGACACCUAUUUAAGGUUUUUUGAUAGACAUUAUUUGAUACAUUGUUCUCCUUACCUCUACCCUCCAUAGAAAUGUCAUACGUCAACAUUUGACAACCAGAGUUAACGCCAUCACAGCGCCAUCUGCAUAAACUGUCAAAUUCGAAGCAUGAAUUUGUCUUACACAUUACUUACCUUAUUCAAUCAUAGAAUAUUAAAAAUGCGUCUCGUUCUAAAUUGUUUGCACUCGUUUGCGUACAAAAUACCAUUGUAAUUGUAAAUUAUGGUGACUUUCAUUAAUAGUACCAUUGCUAGCCGCCUGUGGCGCCACUGUACACGUUUAAGAUUUAAAUGUUGAUUAUAUAUAUUUUGCGUCAAAUUGAAAGGGACAUUUUAUUAUUUAGAGGGAGAUUUGUAUACUGUAAACUCUAUGAACAGGCCUAAGUACCUCUAUAGCAAAUUCUGUUGUAAAAUGCAUAUAAUUAAGUUCUGUUUUUAUCUCUGAAAUAAAAAACUGUCAAAAAUACUGUUUCUAUAGGGAGCGUGCAUGAAGUAGGGGGCAGCUGUCAGGUGGCUUGUUUACUGCAAACUGUAAAUGCCAAGUUUAAGUUUCCGAUUUUGGCCACAAGAUGGCAGACCCUAUCCAACAUGCACGGUCAUUAAAGUUAACAUUGUAUGGUAAAAUAUUAAUCUUGGAAUAAAUUAUCUUUGUUGAACGAAUUAACACUAAUUUCAAAGUAUAAACUGGCAAUUUUGUAUAUAAAGAGUUUUCAGUGUGUAAGCAAUAUUAGCAUUUUAAAUUUUCAAAUAAAACCACUUGUGAAUAAUA